AACCCCACUAGCCCACUACCACUACCCAGAUCAUUACCUUCAACUGAUGACUUAAUAAUGGCUUCUCUCAGCUCCAGAAUUCUGAACGCAUUUUCUCUCCGAGAAAUGCCUUCAAUGACCACACUUUUCUCAGGAUAUGCUUCCUUGGCCACGGCAUUCCUGCUCAUUCAGUCCCUGAUCAAUCAAUUCAUUCCCCACCAUCUCAGAGGCUACCUCUUCUCCAGCCUCGGCUACCUCCUCCGCCUUUGGUCCGCCCAGUUCACCCUUGUCAUCGAAGAGUUCAAUGGGAUUACUGCUAAUGAAGUCUAUGAAGCUUCGGAGAUGUAUCUGCGUACCAGAAUCUCGCCCUCAGUCAGUCGUCUAAAUCUAAGCAAAGCGCCAAGAGAUAAGAAUCUCAUCCUCACGAUAGAAAAUGGGGAGGAGAUUAUAGACGUCUUCGAAGGAAUUCAGCUCAAGUGGAAGUUCAUUUGCUCCAAUGACGCCAAAGGUCGCCAUGAUGACACACAGCGUUCCUUUGAGCUCUGUUUCAAUAAGAAGUACAAGGAAAAGGUGUUGGGUUCUUACUUCUCUCACAUAUUUGACAUGUCAAAUGCCAUGAAAGAAGACAGCAAGGUUGUAAAGCUUCAUACGCUUGGCUCCCUGCACCAUGACAGAGGGGUAGGAGUGUGGGGAUCGAUCAACCUGGAACACCCAGCGACAUUCGAUACCUUGGCCAUGGAACCUAAACUCAAGAAGGAUUUGAUAGAUGAUCUAGACAGGUUCAUGAAAAGGAGAAACUACUAUAAGAAAGUGGGGAAAGCUUGGAAGCGUGGGUAUCUGUUAUAUGGCCCGCCUGGUACUGGGAAAUCAAGCUUGAUUGCUGCCAUGGCCAAUUACCUCAAUUUCCACAUCUAUGACUUGGAGCUUUCAAAAGUCAGGCGUGAUUCAGACCUCAGGAGGCUGCUGGUUGCCACAAAGAAUCGGUCGAUACUGGUGAUCGAGGAUAUCGAUUGUAGCAUUCAGCUCUACGAUCGACAAGUGCAAACAAACAGAGAUAAGCCAGUGGAAGUUAAAGCCAAGGCUUCAAGUAAUCCACAUUUGGAAGGUAAACCAUUGGAGAUCAAACUCAAGGCAUCAGAUGAUCAGGUGACACUCUCGGGACUACUCAACUUCAUUGAUGGUCUCUGGUCGAGCUGUGGAGACCAACGGAUCAUUGUGCUCACAACCAAUCACAAGGAUUGGCUGGACCCUGCAUUGUUGCGCCCUGGUCGCAUGGAUAAGCAUAUUCACAUGUCCUACUGCACCCCUAAAGGAUUCAAGCUUCUAGCAUCCAAUUACCUGGGCAUACACGAAAAUCACCAGCUCUUCAGGGAGAUUGAAGACCUAAUAGAGAACAUACAAGUCACUCCUGCAGAGGUCGCAGAAGAGCUAAUGAAGAGUGAGGAAGCUGAAGUCGCCCUCAGUGGACUGAUCAAUUUUCUUGAGCAAAAGAAAACGAAACACAAUAAGAUCAAGUGCGAGGAAAGGAAAGUUGGAGCUGAAAAAGAAGAUUCAAAAAAUUUAACUUGUAAAGUCCAACAGUAAGUGGGUUAGGCAGGUUGCUUUGAUAACCAUCCUCUAGCCGGGGCAGACCUGGUUGCUUCACACUUCACUCUGAUUUGAUCGAGAAAGACUCAUCCCAAUCCCCAAAGACAACAUGCAUGUUUGUCCGUUUGAUUCAUCCUAAAGUCCACACAUCACAAACAUGCCUGAUCUCAGUGGGAUAACUCCUCAAUUCAAGGACUGCAACUCCAAUGCUUUGGUAAAUUUUCAAUUUCAAAGUUUGGCUGAUCACUAGGAUUCAACUCCUUCAUUAUUGUAAUAAAUAUACAUCAUAAUAGCUCCACUUUC